GACCUAUCCCUGUUGUAGAGUAUCCCUGGUUUUCCUAAACAGAAAGCAAGACUGUUACAUUGUCACUUCCCUUCAACAAACGAUGGUAAGCAUUGUCAAAACUCGCCUAUUUCCGUAACGACGACUUGUCCGGUAACACUCGGUUUCAUUCGUAACUACUCGUGUCAUUCCGACGAGCCUGCUUGUAGACCACGGAAAGAGUUUGUUACGAAUGACUCGACUUGAUCCGGAAAAUCAAAUGUAGCAGAUACCACGUGACGUCUUUCUGUACGUCACAACGGGAGACGGGUCAUGGUGACAUUGCACACUUAGCGAACCAAAUAUGUGAAAGUGUCAAUUGUAAUCAUCAUACUAUACCAAUUAUAUUCAGAGCACGUAACUCGUUAAUCAAAUUGGUAACGAAGAAAGUUGUCCAGUUAUUCAUCCUCAAGAAUUAUCAUUCUCUUGAGAGAAUGCCUGUUCUAUUUAUAGUAACUGGGAAAAUCCCGUCAGAGCUGUUAUCAUUUGGAGCCGCCCGCCAUCGCCAAGUCGUGAACGAGUCGAGUGACGAGUGGAUUUAAGGAUCGGUUACGCCAAGAUGCCUUCAAAUUUGGAAGAAAAACUGAAGAAAGCAAUAAAUAAGAACUAUGUACAAAUAAUCAACACACUGGAUCCCAAAACGGUGUUGACACAUCUGAAGGAGACUGGCAUCCUCACAGUUGGGGGUUAUGACACAUACUAUGAGGAACUCAACAAUAUGCUUACUCAUGGAAAAACUAAACAAGACAUCAACAUAAGGUUACUUGACAUUCUGUACACACGAGACAAAUGGUGGAUAGCCUUCUUAAAAGCAUUGCAUCAGUGUCAGCUUCAAAACAUCAUUGGCAUACUGGAAGGAGCUUUGUCAGAAAGAGAGGUGUAUCGACUGCAUCGAGAAAUAGGGGAAGAUUGCAGGCCUAGAAACAAUGGGAGACCACCUAGAUCUGACAGAAGAUCGUAUAUCAGAGACAGACAGCCAUCCGACACUGAGUCAGAUCUGGGUUCACAAACAGAUAAUGACAAGUAUAAUUCCCUUCCUGACUCAAGAUCUCAAAGGAAAACUUCCCCUGAAGUAGAUCAGGAAGUACCAUGGCUGAACUCUCCAAAACGAUACCGUUCGGAUUGCAAUGCAGCUCCAGAUGCUAUACCACCAAAUGAACUCAGUUGGACACAGGAGUCCCAUGGUUAUGUACCCAAUGGGGAUCUUCAGCAUCCUGAAGAACAGGAUGAUCCUUCACAUCUUCAUCUAAGUGAGCCUAGGGCAGCACAGACUCAAACCUCGAUGCGUUAUGAAAAUGGAUCUUCCCAUAAACGUUCUUUUCACAGUGGACCUACUCAGUCUUAUCCCGGAUACAGGCCUGCAGUAGGGAAAACAGUAUUGGCUCGAUCCUCAUCUGCACCUUCAGGUCCUCAGCAUUCAGAUGACUUGUGGCACUCCAGUCCAAGACAGAGCCACAAUCCCAGCAAUGCAUUCCGAGGGAGCAGACAGAGAGGUCAGGGUCAAGUGUCCAGUGGUCAGCUCUCUCCUGCCAUCACAUCUCCUUCAGCCUUAAGUGACCAAGCCACACGGCAAGACAGAGCAAUUGAAGGGGGUCCAAGAACAAGUGGUCCACUGGGUACACAGACUUGUGGUCCUCAGUCAGAUAGACCCACCUCUUGCAAUGACCACUCAUCCUUAGCUCCUUUGUCAAGACAAGAAAAGAUUCAUGUCAAUUUCAACACUCCACUGAGUAACGUACCAAUGAAAGUACUCACACUGCUUCACAGACUCGAUCAUGAUCAGAAGUGGAGUGAACUUGGUUGCAUCUUAACUGACAAAUUUUUAAGUCAGGACUAUGAUAAAAUACUGACAUCUAACCAAGAAGAGCCUAAGACCAAGCAGGUUCUGGAUUUCUUCAAGGCAACCGAGGGAGAGAGGGCAACUUUGGGUAGACUCAUAACAGCUCUACAGAAAAUGAAGAGACGAGACAUUUUAUAUGACAUAAAGGAACUGACUGGGUUGACCUUUCAAGAUGAAGAGGAUGAGAUCAAUGAACAUACGAGAAAAAACAGCUGGGCUGGAACGAGCAGUAACAUGGUGGACUUGGACAUCCCAACUCCUGACAUCACACCAGCAAAUGUAAGUAGUGCAGCAAGAGCUGAUGCCAUCGGCCAAUUUGAACAGAGUUCCAUAUCCUCCAGCACUCUUCCUGUGACAAACCCAAACAAAUCCAAAGAUGAAGCCCAGCAGUCCUGCAUCAGAACCACAGAAGGUGAAGUCUCACAGAGUUCCUUCACUGGCACCAGAUCUGGCAUGUAUACAAGUAAUCAAAUCAUCUUGUCACAACUUGAAGAAGAAAAGAAACUAGAGGAAGCACUGCAAUGUGAAAAUCGAAGAAAUCAGAACAGGCCUGUAGAAAGUCCCAAUGAAGAGCAUCCGAUAGAACCAGAACAUGGUAAUCCUCCAUGCCUGGAAAGUGACUCCUCUGAUGAGAACAACCUUCAUCAAAAUUCUUCCAACAAUGCUGAAGGGGGUGCUACAAAAAUGGAAAAUGCUAAAAACCAAGAUACCAAACCAAAACCAGAACUUGAGUCCAAAGUCAUCAAUACCAGGUCCAGUGACAGCCCAAACAGAGAUGCAAUUGCCAGUACGAACCAACAGCCAAAGCCCUGUACAACUCCUGCAGCUGCCUCCAGUUCCCCUUUACCCAGCUCUAUGAAUUCAACAGGGACCGAAGCUGAUCUUUGUCAAAAUGGUCAAACUAGGAUAUUUUAUCCUCCAGAACUUCCUGUACAUGCCAAGGACGAAGGAUCUCCUACUUCAGAGAAAUUAUCUACCAGUUUUAAAGCAUAUGAACCUGUAUCUCCUGGACAGCUUCCCAACUUUGAUAAGAUCCAACCUGUUUCACUUGAAUCAUCAGGAAGAUCAAAUACUUCCCAAAGUAUUCAUGGACACAAUGUUGCAGCUUCAAAUAAUCCAAAUCAUUUGUUGGGUCCCGAUUCUGGUGUUACUGCUGGAACUCACCCUAAGGUAGGAGAUAAGACGUCACCAAACAGUGAUGUAGCUCACCAUGAAACUAUGCCCAAAACCGUAGCAGACUCCAGUGAUGAUAGCAUUGAAAAUGGCAAUACAGCACCUAAGUUAAUCUCUGGGCAACAAAGUUCUAGUGUCGAGGCUACCACACCACCUGAACCCACUGGUGCAACAGGGAGCCUUGGACCAGACUUGGAUGUAACGUCUGAUGGCAGUGUAUGCUUUGUCGGAACACUUGGAAGCUCCAUUCUGGAUAAUACACAAAGAUACACUUACCCGGAGAACAGUGAAGAUAUUGGAGAAAGACAUAUUUUGACUAUGUCUGAGGCAUCUGUGUGUCCAUCCAGCAUUGCUAAGUAUGAAAACAAAGUACUUCAACAGUCAAUAUAUUAUGAAAGAAUGACAGACACUAAAGGGUGUGAUGAAGGUGGCUUUAUAUCUUUAGGUGAAAGUGUUGAAGAAGAGGAGGAAGUAGGGGAACUCGCAUCAGGACACACUGAGGUCAAGGAAAAGUCUUGUCAAGGUCAAGGUCACUCUGGAGCAGAAGGAUCAAGAAGCAUCAAUGGAGGGCUUGGAGUCCCUGAUGGGACGGCGACAGCAGACUCCAGAAGCAUUGCACCUGCUGCUAAUGGAACAGGAGUUAUGUCUUCAGCUGCAUCACCUCCUUUGAAAGGAGCAUCAGCAUCCUCAACUACUGGAUGUACGUCCUCUUCAGCAGAUGGAGACACUUCCACUGGGCAUGCAGGGACAUCAGCUAAUACAAAUAGAGGGACUUCCUUUUCAAGUGUGAUUUACUCAGGAUUGAAGCUGGUUAAAUUUUUUACUAUCGCCACUGAUGUAAAUAAGUUUUAUUCCUCUUGAUUGUCCUUUACCCUCCUGUGUUUGACUGUGCCUUACCUGGUUGAAGCUCAACCAUCAACCGUGUUACAGCUGUACAUAGAUCAAGUUCAUUUAGAAAGUUUCACUGCCUUGUUGACAUGUUAUUGAUAAUUUGCUUCUGUCGAUUAAUCAGCAUCUUUUGGUGUCUGUCUAAAGACAUUGUUCUUCCAGAUUUAACCCCUCACCUCGGUUGUUGGCGCAGAUGUGAAUAUUGAUUGUAAGAAGUAGCUACGAUGGGGCUUUAAGUUAAGGAUAACUUGACAUUAUAAGUUGUAUGCUCCUCUCGAGGGUAAAACGGUCUGAUGUACGCCGCUUUGUGGCAGUGUUACCCAAGGGAGAAGCAUACAACGUAUUUAUCUUACCGCCAUGUUAAAUUGACAAAAUAUUAUUAUAUUUUAUUUGGAAGAUCGCUACCGACUAUAUGACAUGUAAACAAA